UUGCAGGAUUUAUAUAAUGUUAACAGCUGGAGAAACGGAUCAGCAAAACCAAUCUUUGCCCACGGAAUAUUUUUAUUUUUUGAAGGGAAAGCCUCUUGGCACUUUAUUUCGAAACAUGCAAAGUUACAUCUUUAAGUACAUGCGAUAACAUGAAAGUUGGCGGGUCAUUAUCCCUUACAUACCCAUGGAAUGUUUGAAUGUGUCACGUUUGUCAACUUUAUUACAUAUUACCUAUACCGCCGCGUUUGUAGAACGAUUAAGACGCAUGUGCAAAGCCGCGGAAGCUUGUUUGAAAGUCGAUCAGGAGAGAGCAUAUAAUUAAUUAAUAUCUAUAUCCGGUUUGGUACUAAUAGCCGCCAAGACCUGAUCAAAGCAUGGUGCUUCUUCCUCAUUACAAAAAGCACGGGGAUUCCUAUAUAGACAAAGGAUCUGGUCUUUGUUUCUCACGUGUGUGUGUCGCUGUCACCUAACAAAACUGAAACAUUCCCUCUGAAAUGAGAAAAAAAGACACGCAAACAUAUUGGUUUGAACUGUUCUUGCACCCCAUGCUCAUUGCUCCUGGCUGCUAUAUAAACAUACAAACCAAACGAGGGAACACAAACACAACAACAUAGCUCUCCUCUCGACGUAAAAAAUGGAUUCGAGAACAGCAUUCCGCAGUGCUCUGCUACUGCUGGUGACACUGCUGCCUCUUUCAGCUAACGCGUCGAGCAAACUCUACAUCGUGUAUAUGGGGGAGAAGAAGCAUGAUGACCCGUCCGUGGUUACCGCGUCUCACCAUGACAUGCUAACCUCUGUUUUUGGGAGCAAGGAUGAAGCCUUGAGGUCAAUAGUUUAUAGUUACAAGCAUGGUUUUUCUGGUUUUGCGGCGAUGCUCACCGAGUCUCAGGCCGAGACAAUCGCAAAAUUCCCUGAAGUUGUCACUGUCAAGCCUAACAUUUUUCACGAAACGCACACAACUCGGAGUUGGGACUUUCUUGACCUUCACCAUAACCGACAACCAGCACAACAACCGGGACUACUAAAAAAAGCGAAGUACGGUGAAGAUGUCAUUGUGGGUGUGAUCGAUACAGGCAUAUGGCCUGAAUCACGAAGCUUUGAUGACAAUGGGUAUGGCCCUGUGCCGGCACGGUGGAAAGGGAAAUGCCAGACUGGUCAGGAUUUCAACGCCACAAGUUGCAACAGAAAGAUCAUCGGUGCGCGCUGGUAUGGUCUCGGCAUCAGUGACGAGGUGCUAAACAACAACUACAAGUCGCCUAGGGACAUUGACGGCCAUGGCACGCACGUCGCCUCGACCGUCGCCGGCGGGGAAGUGCAGGGCGUGAGCUACGGAGGCCUAGGCAUGGGCGUGGCACGCGGCGGGGCGCCACGUGCACGGCUCAGUAUCUACAAGGUUUGUUGGUUGGGUGGGAAUUGCCCUGAAGCAGCGGUCCUCGCGGCUAUCGAUGACGCCAUAUAUGACGGUGUUGACGUCUUGUCACUCUCGCUUGGAGGGGCUGGUCAAGAGUUACCCGGGACGCUGCAUGCUGUGCAAAGAGGGAUCUCUGUCGUGUUUGCCGGAAUGAAUGAUGGCCCUGUGCCGCAAACAGUGUCCAAUACCCUUCCAUGGGUUACCACGGUGGCCGCUAGCACGAUUGACCGGUCUUUCCCGACCUUGAUAUCGCUCGGAAACAAAGAAAAGCUGGUGGGGCAAUCUCUUCACUACAAUGCAUCUGUGAUCAGCGGCGACUUUAAAGGCCUUGUUUAUGCCGGGAGCAACGUCACUGGUAAAAUUGUCCUGUGCUAUCAACCGGCAGCAGCGAAUAGCAUGCCGCCUCCACAAGCACUUCCCAUAGCCAUCAAUCUCACCAUCAUGGCUGGCGCCAAGGGACUCAUAUUUGCACAGUACACUACUAACCUCCUCGACUUCCUGCCUUUGUGUAAGGGCGUUAUGCCCUGUGUAGUGGUGGAUUUUGAGAUCGCACACCGAAUUGCCUCCUAUUGGAGGAAUGCGGUGGUCAAGGUGUCACCUGCCAUGACCGUUGUCGGAAAAGGGGUGUUGUCGCCGAGGGUCGCCUCGUUCUCGUCGAGAGGUCCAAGCCUGUUGUUCCCUAGCAUACUCAAGCCCGACAUUGCUGCACCUGGCGUCAGCAUCUUGGCAGCAGAGGGCGACUCCUAUGCGUUCAAUUCUGGGACAUCCAUGGCGUGCCCGCAUGUCUCCGCGGUGACCGCGCUGCUCAAGUCGGUUCAUCCUGACUGGUCACCUGCCAUGAUCAAGUCUGCCAUCGUCACCACAGCAUCUGUGACCGAUCGUUUUGGCAUGCCAAUCCAAGCAGAAGCAGUCCCAAGGAAACUUGCCGACCCCUUUGACUUUGGUGGUGGACACAUUGACCCUGAUAGAGCCGUUGACCCUGGAUUGGUUUAUGAUGUGGAUGCAAGGGAGUACAACAAGUUUUUCAACUGCACCCUUGGAUAUGUAGACGGUUGUGAGUCCUACUACCUCAAUCUCAACCUUCCAUCAAUUGCUGUGCCGAACCUCAAGGACCAUGUCAUGCUUCGGCGCACUGUGACUAAUGUUGGGCCAGUGGAAGCAAUAUAUCAUUUAGUGGUUGAAGCUCCGGCGGGAAUAGAUGUGUCCGUGGAGCCAUCUGUGAUCAAUUUCACCCAAAGCGGUAGUAAAAUGGCGACGUUUAUGGUGACAUUCACAACAAGGCAGAGAGUACAAGGAGGAUACACUUUCGGGAGCUUGACAUGGUCAAACGGAAGUACCCACUCAGUGAGAAUUCCUAUUGCGGUACGGACUGUGAUACAAGACUUUGUUGCAGAUACAGCUUAA